AUGACGAACCCUACAACCGCGAUUGCUAUCAAAAACAACACGGGUUCGUCCCAGGCGUAUGCAUACGUCACUGGGCUUGACAUCAACAACAAUUACGUCCCGGUGUUCAUCCAAGCCGACGGCAAGACUGUGUACCGACCGUCGUCCCCGUCCGCGCCCCAGUCGGCUCUGGGGGCCGAUGUAUCCAUCCCACUGGGUGCUCCAGGGGCCACGACCACCAUCACGAUACCCCAGAUCGCCGGCGGCCGCAUCUGGUUCAGCAAGGACGCGAAGCUGACGUUCCUGCUGAACCCGGGCCCGGCCGUGGUCGAGCCCAGCGUGACCAACACCGCGGACCCCAACUACAACAUCGCGUGGGGCUUCUGCGAGUUCACGUACAACCAGGCGCAGCUGUUCGUCAACAUCAGCUACGUGGACUUCGUGGGGCCGAUCCCCAUCGCGCUCGAGCUGCGCAACGCCGCGGGGAACGUCCAGUCCGUCCUGGGCCUGCCGGCGGGCGGCCUGGACACGGUGGCCGACCGGCUGGUGAAGCAGAACGCGGCGGACGGCGCGGGCUGGGACAAGCUCGUCGUCAAGGGGCCCGACGGCAAGACGCUGCGGGUGCUGAGCCCGAACAGCGGGCGCGUGGCGGACGGGAGCCUGUUCCAGGGGUACUUCGACGACUACGUGAGCCGGGUGUGGAGCAAGUACGCGGCGAGCGACCUGACGAUCAACACGCAGGCGUCGUGGGGCGACGUGACGGGCCGCGUGCAGGCGGGCGCCGGCGGCGGCCUGCUGACGUUCCCCAACGUCGGCACCUUCGCGAAGCCCAGCGCCGGCGACAUCUUCAGCUGCUCGACGGGGCCGUUCGGCGGGUACCCCGAGGCGACGCGCGACGAGAUGGGCGCGCUGGGCGCGAGGAUCGCCGCCGCGCUCAAUCGCUCCACGCUGCUGGACAAUCCCACCCAGCCGGACGGCGAGAAGAUUGCUAGUUACUACAAAUCGAACCCGACGAACCAUUACGCGCGUAUCACGCACGAAGUCAACCUCGACGGCCGGGGCUACGCGUUCCCCUACGACGACGUGGUGCCGUCCGGCGACGCGGGGCCCGACCAGGCGGGCACCGUGUUCGACGCCAACCCGGAGCUGCUGACGGUGACGAUCGGCGGGCCGGCGGCCUCGAACGGGCCCGCGAACGGUGGCAGCGGCGGCGGCAAGAAGGGGGGGAAGGAUGGCGAUGGUCAGACUGGUCCUGCGUCCGGAUUCUGGGGUAAGUUGAAGAGCUGGCUGAGCGCGCUGAAGAAGGUUUUGCAUAUCAAGUAG